GCUGCUCUUGCUCUUCAUGUUCUAAGUGUGUUUAGAUAUCACGCAUUUAGUUAAAGUCGCACAAACAACCGACAUGUUAUGUAAGGAUUUAUAAUGCUUUAUUACUUUACCCCUUAAUACUCAAAGACACACGCCAGAAAAUGUGGAUUGUUUACUUUAUAAGAGUUUUGUUACUGGAUCCGCGCCGGAGAAUGUGGAUGGUUUACUUUAUAGGAUUGUUGUUUCUGGAUCCGCCGAUUGUUGUUUGUGACGAAGACACAGGGGACGAGAGUUUCUUUCAGCAAGUUUUUAACGAUUUACAGAAGGAACAGAAUGUGGAUUCUUCAAACACCUCCACCACACCCAAUCCGCCACUUACAUCGACAAACGUGUCACCGUCAACAACGAUCAAUUCGAAUACUACUUUCACUUUAAAUAUUUCCAGUUCAACUUCAACGUCACAGGCAUUUCUCAACUGGACCGUCUCCAUGACGACUGAGGGAACGGGAGGAAGUGAUUCAAAUGAUGACGAUUUACAGUCCUUGUUAUCCUUUCUAAAUAACGCCAAUAGAUCUAUAACCAACGAUACUGGCGCUUCAUUACAAAGCCAAGUUCAAGAUAUAUUUUCUAAGACUUCUGCCACUGACAACAGUACGCCAAACACCAAUACCUUAUCAAGCACAGCAACACUCAAGUCGACAGACGUUACUCAGAAUUGUGCAGCAAGAGACAUUUUACAGUCUCUUUGUAAUGACGACCUACCAAGUUUGGUGAAAAUUGCCAACAUCUGGGAUUUGUAUUACGUUUUGUUUUCUGAUGACGUAAUGACCGAGUUAUUGCUAAACUGUGCAAGCGGUGAGUGGUGCAUUCGAGAUGAAUUUGAUAUAUUCCGUGCUAAGAUGACGGAGAAAGCCGACAUGGUUAUGAAUUCGGCCAUGUUUGCCGAGGCUUGCGAUCAAGUCUCCUUGAAAUGUCUACAAAGCGCUGUCCAGCACUUUGAGUCAUGCUCCAUUGGACCGAGACUGAGCUUUAUGUUUGAGAGUGUAAGAUUGAUGUGCUCUGUUAGGGAAGUGACGUCAUCAUCGGAUAUACAAUGUACGUCACAAAUCCUUGCUGCUUUACACGUGACAUUAAUGGAUAUUCUGAGAAAAGAGAACAAUAAACAGGAUUUAAAUACUGCAUUUGAAAAUGAUCAAUGUCGAACUACUGAAGCAUAUAUAUAUACAUUUGAAAAUGAUGAUAGUGUAAAUGGAAUGAUAUUAAGCUUUAAACCAUGGUUAUGGUUUGUUGAUGACGUAGAUGAAUUAAAGGUCAUGUGUCAUUACGAGAACAAUACCUGUGUAUCACGUGACAUGGUUUUUAUGAUUGAUGAUGAACCACUACCCAUCGCCACCCCUCCCACGGCCCAGACUGACGCUUACGAGGCCCCAGGGAGCGGUUUUGUUGACAUACGCUCGGCACCUGUGGCUGUGGCAGGAUUCGGAACGGCUGUCUUUGUGAUGGUGGUAGGACUUGCUGUGUUUGUGAUCUUUUUCAUCAAACGUCAUCGUAUGACGUCACGGACACAUGAGUACAAACCACUCGAGACAAAUGAACCCUAAAUUCAAACAAAUAGUUUGUCCGAGCUUUAUCUUCAUAGGAAAACAUAUUUAUUAUAUUAUAUGAAACGAAAAACGUGAUGCAUGUAUAUUGAACUCUCAAUAAAUCAGUGAUGCAUUUUG